UAUGGGCUCUGAACAAAAUAUUUUCUGUAGUUUUACACAUUUAUCAUGUAAAAAAACAACAUAAGCUGUUGAAUUGCAUUUUUUAAAUCUUAUAUUAACAUAUGCCAGGGAUUAAAUGUGUAGUUAAAUGUCCUUGCACUGACAUUAUUGCAAAGGUUCUUCAAUUGUCUGCAUGCUGGGCGGAGACAAACAAACAAACAAAAAAUGCAACUCAGUCUUACAGCAAAGUGUGAAAUACGCACUCCAGUCCACUGUGUUCAUCAUGCUUUUCUCCUUCCUAGUGUAAAAUGGGCACACAUGUAGAAGCUGCAUUACCAGCAGGAGGAGAUUUUUAAAGCCACGAAGUUGCUAGAUAGAGGCAAACGUGAAAUGGACACAGUGGACCGGCGUGUCUAUUACAUGAUACUGGGUUGAAAAACGUCUUUUUCUUUCGGCGCAUUUGUGCUACAAUCAACUGAUUGUAGUUCAUAUGCAUGGAGAGGGAUAAUGGUGGAGGUGUAUACAACUUCUGAGAAGUGGAGAUAGGAAUACUCCAAUGGCCCAAAACAACAAGCUGUGAAGCACGUCAUCUGAACUGCAACCACCCGACACGACGACAAGAAAUUUUUCAUCCAAGAUGACUGAAAAUAGCAACCAUAAUGUAUCCAGCCACCCUGUAGGAUCCCAUUCUUUGAAUGUUUUUACCAUUACCCUCCAUGGCAUUUUCGCUACCAUUGGCAUCGUGGAAAACCUCCUCAUCGUUGCAGUGGUGGGCUUCCAUGUCCGUCGCUCCAUCAUUAGCAUCUGGAUCCUGAACCUCGCAGUCUCUGACCUGCUAGCCACUUCUUGCCUGCCCUUCUUCACCCUGUACAUGGCCCGGGGCAAAACCUGGACACUGGGGACAACUUUCUGCCGCAUCCAUUCCUCCAUCUUUUUUCUCAACAUGUUCGUCAGUGGCUUCCUGCUGGCGGCCAUUUCUCUGGACCGCUGCUUGGUGGUGCUAAAACCUGUCUGGGCCCAAAACCACAGAAACAUCCGACUAGUUAAGAAGAUAUGUGGGGUGAUUUGGGCCAUGGCUCUGAUCUGCACUAUCCCCUUCUUCCUGUUCCGUGAUGUCAUCCCUUUAAAAGAUGGACGGAAACUCUGUUACUAUGAUUAUGCACGAUUCCUGCCUGAACCAAAGAAUCAGACAAAUAAUAUACCUAUAAUUAAACAGCGGAAAGAAGGACUGGCAAUAAUGAAGCUGUUUUUUGCCUUCUUAAUCCCUUUGGUCAUCAUCAUAGUGAGCUAUGCUGUUGUACACUCCAUAAUAGCAAACAGAUGUAACCGUCGCCCUUUCCGUUUUGUUCGGCUUGUAGUGUCUGUGGUGGUGAGCUUUGUACUCUGCUGGGCACCCUACCACAUAUUCAUUGUCAUAGAAGUGAUGGCUCCAAACUCUCACUCUGUUCAGGGUUUUAUAAUACAGGCCCUCCCAGUUGCAGCGACGAUCGGCUUCCUCAACAGCGUCCUCAAUCCUGUUCUGUAUGUGUUCAGCUGCCCUGACCUGUGCAAUAAGAUCCGACAUUCUCUCGGUGCAGUGAUGGAGUCUGUUCUGGCUGAGGAUCUUGCAGAGUUUGCCCGGCGCCGCAGCACAGCUCGGAGCUCUAUCGGCAACUCUGAGAUAAUGAUGAGAAAGAAGCAUUCCCUUGCAACUCAGGAAGAAAGUAUGAGUACUUCAGUUUAGAAGUAAAACAUACCAUGUCUUCUUUAGUAAGUGCAAAAAAGGUUUUAUUUAACUCAACUGCACAUAAAAAAGUUCCCUGUUGUCUAACACAUAUAACUCAGACAAUACUUUUUCACAAGAAGAUUACCUGUUUUACUAUAGCAUUAAUACAAUGCUAUAGUAAAACAGGUAAUCUUCUCCAUCCAUCAAUCAAGUUAUUGGUGCCCCAUCUAGGAUUAAGAGUAUGUUUUAUUAUAAAUUAACAUCACUGGGAGUUCAUGUUUGGAACUGUGUUAAAGGCGUUCCCAAAUGUAAACCAAAGAAUAUAUCUAUGAGACUUCAUGUCAUAUCUUAUAUCCUCUUUAACAUUCUCGACUUUAUGAAGAUUUGUCUAUUUAACAUGUGGAUAAACUAAAAUCCAACCUUAAUCCUGACACUGGAUGGAGCACUUGUGACCUGAUGGAUAUUAUGAGGUUUCUGUUGUUUUCAUAUGCGUCUUCAUGUAUUUAGACAAUGAUAGCAGACAUUUGUCUUUAAAAUAAUUAAAUUUUAGAAAUGGCCUUUCUUUUUCAUAACAGAAAGAGCAAAGAAGAGCAAAGUUCACUCCAUGUCCUUUUACAAACUUUCUUUGCUUCUUAAUUCUAUCUUUUCAGAUUAAAGGCAUCCAGUAAUUGGUCUAAUCUGCUGGAGACUUUUUGACUAAUACAAUACAACACAGUCAACACUCAAUACAAAAUAUCCAUCAGUCCUUGUUUCAGUAAAAAUAUCUAGCAGUGCUUGUUUGUGCUUGAUAUAGCGAUACAUUGCAUAAAAAUAGAGAAAGAUAGCUUUAUCAUUUAAUUUUAGCUUUUCAGUACAAAGUCCUAGACUCAUUUGUAUUAGUGAAUUAUAUGUAAUGUCUGUGCUCUAGCAAGAAAAACCAGUUUAGUUAGCAUUACUAUACAGUCAUGUGCAGUAUGUCGCUAAAUUUGCAAACUUCUCUUGUUUUGAGGGUGUUUGGGUGUUUGAUGAAAAUGUAAAUUUAGUUUAAAGUAGUAACGUUUUUUUGCUUUGUAAAUAACCGAAACUUAGACUGCUUAAGAAAUGUGUAAUGUGUUUCUCACUAGAUGUUAUCAGCAGCUGUAAGCGCCUACAGCAGCAUUUUUUUUUUCAGAUGCAAAACAUUCGGUUUCCUUUUAUGAUGAAAUUGCUCACGCUGUUUAUGAGAAAGAGUGUAUUGCACCUUUACUUUAGUGCUCAUUUAUAUGCUGUCAAUACCUUUUAGCAGUAAAGUGACAUUUUAGAAAAUGAAUAAAAGAAAAGAAAAGCAUCCUG